AUGCAUACCAUUCUUCUCACCAUCACCGCUCUCGCCUCCUUUACCCUGGCCGAGUAUCGCCCAGAAGAGCGCGUCGUUCUGGCAGACUGCGGUAUCCACCCACCCAACGGUGAUUCCACCUCGCGCCAAAUCAUGUAUUACCACGAUGCACCAUGGGCAUUCCAGGGGACACGAGGGAAAUGGGUCACACCGGACAUGAUGACCGAUGUUCCCUGGGACGGGUCGUAUCCCUGGCGAACAAAAGGAUUGAUUCGCAAGAUGCCAAAUGGCGACGAGUUCUCGAUCGUGAUCGAUCCCUCAAUUCCCGAUUCGAACGAUAAAUUCGCUGGGCUCGCAGGCCAUACCUUUGAACCUCACGGGUUUGGAUGUCGUGGCCACCACGAGCGCGGGAUCUACAUUCUCGACGAUGGGACUGAAUGCGCGUCUGCGUACAUUUGUGACCAUAAGACCGAGACUCGACCGGGUCCUGCUCCGGCUCCUCCUGCUGGAAAGACGACAUCGUCACUGACUCUCUCAUCUGAUGCAAUCUACGUUGACAAUUCCAACUUGUACAAGGAUAAGCUGAGACUUAUGAAUCCGAGCGACGCUUUUCAUAGUGUUUAUGAUGCUAUUGAGGGGAAUGGAUGCAGGAAAACAGAUUUUGCUAUUUCUGAUUCUUGCACAAUAUCUUACAAUUGUAUGUUUGCCGGGGAGAAGAAUGACGCCAAGUCUCGCAGCGACGCUAUCGCCAAGUUCUUGCAUGGUACUGCUGGCCCUCAGAUUUCAAAGUCUUGGUAUGAGAAGACCACGUACUCGCAGCAGUGGGGAGUUCCGACGUACUGGAUUGGGUAUAAGUAUCCGAGGAGUGGACAGAUUGUUAUCACUCAUGAUAAUUCCAUCCAGUCCCAACUUUCUUUUGAGGUCAAGUGUAAAAGUAGUUGGUUUUGUGAUGUUGGCUGUACUGGGGUUACUACUGGGAUGCUUGCUUUGGGUUAUGCCCAGGGCAUGGCGCCUGUUGGUGUGUUUGGCACUUUGACUGCUGGUGCUUGUGGCCUAUUUUGUUGA